GGCAGUCAAAAGUAGUCAGAUUCAACUGUUCUACGGAAUACAACAGAUCGCGGAUGUCAGUGAGAUAGAUGGAUUUACAACUGCUUGUUUACCUGGCAAUCGUUGGAAGCGUCUGUUACUGGAGCGUCCGAGCAGACGAUUUUUUCACAGACCAACCACCGGAUGACUACUUCCAGCGCAACACGAUGGCAGAUUGCCCAAAUCGUUUCUACAGCAAACUUAAUAGGUAUGAUGUGAGUUAUGCAUACGGCGGUGAACGGGCUAAAAUAGGCGAAUUUCAGCAUAUGGCUGCUAUUGGUUGGACAAAAAAUGACGAAAUUAAGUAUAUGUGCGGCGGAACGCUCAUCAGUCCCACAUUCGUUCUCACCGCCGCUCAUUGUGCCUAUGAUUCGGACAGCAAUGAACCAGAUACAGUCCGAUUAGGUGACACAAAUUUGGGAAGUCCGGAGGACGAUCAAUAUGCACAACAAAUCAAGAUAAAAUCAUUGAAAAGGCAUCCCAAAUAUCGAUUUAGCAGAAAGUACUACGACAUUGCACUGAUUGAGCUGGAAUCAAAAGCUAAAUUUAACGAGGGCAUUUGCCCGGCCUGUUUAUGGUUGGAGAAUGAUGCCCCUCGGGAAGAGUUGAGUGCAAUCGGCUUUGGAGUUACCGGGUUUGCUGGAAGUCUCAGUCCCACUCUACAAAAGGUGCGACUGAAUGAAAUUGACAACACUGAAUGUUUGAAACAAUUACCAAUUGGUGGCCGAACACUACCUGAUGGGUUGGUGAAGGAACAAUUCUGCGCUAACAGUGCGACCAUGGACACAUGUGAGGGUGAUUCAGGAGGACCGAUUCAAGUCGAAAAAAUUGAUGUUACCCAGGUUUUGGUUCCAUUGGUGGUUGGCAUUGUUUCUUUCGGAACACCUUGCGUUGAAGGAUCGACCGGGGUUUAUACAAGAAUUUCUCCAUACAAAGAAUGGAUUGAGCAAGAAAUUCAACAACCCAUCGAUUAUAUGACCUGUGCCCGAACAUCGAACUGUUACUUCAGAAGAAUCGAAAAAAUCAAAAUAACAUACCCUCGCGAUUUGCCGUCACACCGAGUUGGUCUUCUAUGGGAUGCAGAAGACCGGAACAAAUUUCAUUGUGGAGCCACAUUGAUAGAUUAUCGUUUUGUUUUGACAUCGGUCUUUUGUGCCAAAACGAAGCAAGGCUCGCCGCUCUAUAUAAUUGUUCAGGAAAAUAAUGAAAUAGUCCCUAUCGAAAGUGUUUACGUUCACCCCAAGUAUGACCCCAAACUUCCGGAGAAUGACAUCGCGCUACUCAAAUUGAAGAAAUAUCUAAAGCCUAAUUUUGACUCAUUGCUACCCGUAUGCCUUUGGCGAGAACAGGAAGUUCAAGAUCAAUUUGGUGUGAUGCAUUUCUCCGCCUACAGCAACGCUUUCUCUAAUUUGAAAUACUAUAGUAAAAACAAUCACCAACGAUACAUAAUUGAAUCGGAUAUUAUUGAAAAUGGAAAAUGCGCUAAUCCAGAACAUGACAAAAAUAAUCUGCUUUGUGGACACAACCAAAUCAAUUUAAUUCCAAACGUUUGCGAAAUGGAUUACGGAGGUCCGGUCAUGAACAAGUCUUACCACGACUAUCUGCCUUACUUGUAUGGAGUGGUUUCAGCGCUUAGCAAGGGCUGUGGUGAAGAUUUAGUCGGAACAAGAGUGUAUCCGCAUCUGGAAUGGAUCGAAAGCAUUGUAUUCGAUCAUAAGAAUGAACGAUUUUAUUUCACAACAUAACAAUUUUUCAAUGUUUUUGUGAAUAAAUGUUAUCGGUCGAUGGUA